UGAGAGGGAAGGCGCCCGGGGAGGCGAGCGGGUGCCCUGGGGUCGCGGCGGCGGCUCCCGGGCGCCCCCUGGCGGCCCCGGACCGCGCCCGCCGCGGCUCCCACAAUGCUCGCGUAGCCGCGGCUCCCUCGGCGGCGGCUCCAAGAUGGCGCAGGCGAUCUUCGAGGCCCUGGAGGGAAUGGACAACCAGACUGUCCUGGCUGUCCAGUCAUUGUUGGAUGGCCAAGGAGCAGUCCCUGACCCCACGGGCCAGAGCGUGAGUGCCCCCCCCACCAUCCAGCCACUGGACGAUGAGGAUGUCUUUCUCUGUGGGAAGUGUAAGAAGCAGUUCAACUCACUGCCAGCGUUUAUGACCCACAAGCGGGAGCAAUGCCAGGGGAGUGCCCCACCGCUGGCCACCGUCUCACUGGCCACCAACAGCAUCUACACGCCAUCCGCGGCCCCCGCAGCGCUCCAGCAGGCCCCGCCUCCUGCCAAUCGCCAGAUCUCCACGUACAUCACCGUGCCCCCGUCUCCCCUGAUUCAGACUCUGGUGCAAGGGAACAUCUUGGUGAGCGAUGACGUGCUCAUGUCUGCCAUGUCCGCCUUCACCUCGAUGGACCAGCCCAUGCCCCAAGGGCCUCCACCUGUGCAGAGCAGCCUGAACAUGCAUUCUGCGCCCAGCUACCUCACCCAGGCUCCGCCGGCCCCUCCGCCUCCUCCGCCACUGCCCCCGCCACCCCCUCCACAGCCCCCGCCCCCACCACCUCAGAGCCUGGGUCCCCCAGGGCGAACCAACCCUGGUGGGAAUGGCGUGGUGGAAGUGUACAAUACCGCGGCACCCCUACCUGGGAAUGCAACAGUGGAGAUCCAGGCACUGGGAAUGCAGCCCUACCCAUCUCUGGAGGUGCCAAACCAGUGUGUGGAGGCGCCGGUGUACCCUGCGCCACCCGUGUACAGCCCCGGCAAACAGGGAUUCAAACCAAAAGGACCAAACCCUGCUGCCCCCAUGACCGGUACUCCAGGAACCGCAGUGGCUGCCUUUGACUCCUCGCCAGUGCUGAAGACCCGGCGGGCCAAGGGGACCAGCGGACUCCAAGAAGCUGCAGGGAAGCCAAAGGCGCAGAAACUCAAGUGCUCAUACUGUGACAAGUCAUUCACCAAGAACUUCGACCUGCAGCAGCACAUCCGAAGCCACACUGGCGAGAAGCCCUUCCAGUGCAUCGCCUGCGGGCGCGCCUUUGCCCAGAAGUCCAAUGUCAAGAAGCACAUGCAGACCCACAAGGUGUGGCCCCCGGGGCGCAGCGGGGGCACCGUCUCCCGGAACUCCGUCACCGUCCAGGUCAUGGCUCUGAACCCCAGCAGUCAGGAGGAUGAUGAAAGCACUGGGCUGAGCCAGAGCCUGGCCAGCGCCCCGCAGCCCCCAGCCCUGCAGGCAGCGAGUGAGGAGGAGGGGGACGAGCUGGAGACCAAGCAGGUGGUCCUCAUCGACAGCUCCUACCUGUGUCAGUUCUGCCCCAACAAGUUCAACACCUACUUCCAGCUCAAGUCCCACAUGACCCAGCAUAAGAACGAGCAGGUGUACAAGUGUGUGGUCAAAAGCUGUGCCCAGACCUUCCCGAAGCUCGACACGUUUCUGGAGCACAUCAAGAGCCACCAGGAGGAGCUGAGCUACCGCUGCCACCUCUGUGGCAAGGAUUUCCCAUCGCUGUACGACCUGGGCGUGCACCAGUAUUCGCACAGCCUCCUGCCGCAGCACAGCCCCAAGAAGGACAGUGCCGUCUACAAGUGUGUCAAGUGCGUGAACAAAUACUCCACUCCCGAGGCCCUGGAGCACCACCUGCAGACAGCCACUCACAGCUUCCCCUGCCCGCACUGCCAGAAGGUGUUUCCUUGUGAACGCUACCUGCGGCGUCACCUGCCCACUCACGGCAGCGGGGGCAGGUUCAAGUGCCAGGUGUGCAAGAAGUUCUUCCGGCGGGAGCACUACCUCAAGCUGCACGCACACAUCCACUCAGGUGAGAAACCCUACAAGUGCUCAGUGUGCGAGUCGGCGUUCAACCGCAAGGACAAACUGAAGAGACACAUGCUCAUCCACGAGCCGUUUAAGAAAUACAAAUGCCCCUUCUCGUCACACACGGGUUGCAGUAAGGAGUUCAACCGGCCGGACAAGCUGAAAGCGCAUAUCUUCUCGCACUCGGGCAUGAAGCUCCACAAGUGCGCUCUGUGUAGCAAGUCCUUCAGCCGCCGUGCCCACCUCGCCGAGCACCAGCGUGCCCACACGGGCAACUACAAGUUCCGCUGCGCGGGCUGUGCCAAGGGCUUCUCCCGCCACAAAUACCUCAAGGACCACCGCUGCCGCCUGGGCCCCCCGAAAGAUAAGGACCUGCAAGCCCGGCGGCCCCCUCGCAGGAGGGCAGCCCCCCGCAGCGGCAACAGUGGUGGACGCAAGGUGGGGACCCCCCUGCCUGACCCACUGGGGCUCGAGGAGCUGAAGGAGCCGGGGCCGGGGCCCGAGGCCGCCCCUGGCAAGCCGCCCUUCCCGGAGCCCGAGGCUGUGCUGUCCAUCGUGGUGGGGGGUCCUGUGGGGGGCGAGCCCGAGCUGGUGGUGCCCGGCCAUGCCGAGGGCCUGGGCUCCAACCUGGCACUAGCGGAGCUGCAGGCAGGGGCCGAGGGCCCCUGUGCCAUGCUCGCCGUGCCCGUCUAUAUCCAGGCCUCCGAAUGACGGCCCGCAGUGUUCGCUCCUACUACCUGACCCCACGCUCGCCUCCGGCCUUGGGGCCCCUGGGGGAGUCUCGAGGGCCUUCCCCAUGGCAGCGAGCUCUCAGCUGUGUCGCCCUGUCCUGCUGGAAAGCCCAGCCGCUCUCUGGGCCCUGGGGCAGGGUGGCCUCUGGCUGGGAUUUCAGACAGAGGCGGCGGUGAGAGCGAUGGCUGGGCCCGAGAGGCGCAGGGGCUGCCGGUCCCCACUGGCGGUCGGGCUCCGGAGAGGAAAGCGUGGGCCGUCCUGCCCGCUGCCCCAGUCACCCCGGGUAGCCUCUGGUCCAGCAGUUCCAGCAGGAGCCCUUACCUGCCGGACCUUUUCACGUCCGGUAACUCUGAGCCUCCCCAGACACCUCUGUGCUGGAGCAGCGAGGAAGGCCCAGGGGUCAGGGCUCGUGUGUGCUUCUCUGCCACAUCUGCCUCGAAUCCAACUGCUGCCCACACACUUGCAGUGGGACGCGGGGUCAGUCACCUCACCUCCCCAUGCGCCUCGUCUGUCAGAUGGGGCCUGUGAAGGCGCUAUCUCCCAGGGCUGUCAUGAGAUGCGGUAGGAUAAACGCCCAGAGGGGGGGAAAAUGCCCUGUACACAGUUAUCCAAGUGUGCUCAGGGCAAGGCCUCAGCCUUGACAGUCCCUUUCUUAGCCUCUAGGUGGCAGCACUCUGGAUUGACUUUGUGGCCCCGUGGCUCACAAGGCUGCACAGGCCCCUUAACCACCGAGAGCUUGAUGCUCCCAGGAGGGUGAGGUUUCCAGCCUUGGAUACACGAUGGAGGAGGGGUUUAUACUCACUCUUGACAAUGCUGGCUCCUGGGCCUGGCCCCAAGCCCUUUUGCAAUCAGCAGAACCAGAGAGGCACGGUGAGCAGAGAGCCCUCCCACCCCGCUACGCCCCAACGCACACCCUCCUCCCUUCCCUGUAAUGCAGCGGCCCUGCUGGAGCAAAAGGAAUCAUCCCUGAUUCCUUAUUUAUCAUUUUUUGUGUGUGUAUCUUUUUGGGUCACACCUGGCCAUACUCAGGGGUUACUCCUGGCUCUGCACUCAGGAAUCACUCCUGGCGGUGCUCGGGGGAUCCUACGGAAUGCGGGGGAUCAAACCCGCGUUGGCAUCGUGCAAGGAUAACGUCCUCCCCACUGAGGUGUCACUCCGGCCUGGCCUGGGUUCCUUAUUUAUCUGCCUCACCACUUCUCUGAGUAAAGGUCCAAAGGGGACCACACCGCCUGCCAGACUAACCACCACCCCCAUGCUCCAGAGCAGUUAGAGGUAGAGGGAGUGGCCAGGGAGGGCCCUCAGGGUACCAGCUGAGUUGCUGGGGACUAGAAGUGAGUUAGGGGAGGGAACAAUGGAGCAGGCCCUUGUGCAGAUUUGGGGGGUUGGGGAGCUGGUACCCUCAGUGGGGCGGGGAGGGUUGGUGACAUGUCCACUAUGCCAGGGCAUGCAUGGUGGUUUGGACUGUGGAAGGCCUGUUGUGGGCUGGGCGUCAUGUCUGUCUGUGGAAAGUGAGCAGACGGAUCCCGGAGGUUCCUGGUGUCCUCAUGCCAUAGACUGGGCCUGAGCCGCUCAUGGCGCUGCCCCUCUGCUCUAUCAGGUCCGCCCCUGUGGACUCACGGGCGAAGCUCACCCAGGCUGUGAGCCGUGGAGCCGGGCACAGGCUGGGUCAGGGUGCUCGUCUCCGCCGACCCUCUGCAGGGAGAUACCCAGUUGGUCAGAUGGCAUCUGGCAGAUGGGGGUCUGCAGAGUUUCUGCUCUUGAUGGGGACCUCACGGGAGGCAGUAAACAUUUUGAAAAACUGUAAUAAUGCCAUUAAAGGAACCGUUGAAAACUA